UUGAAUAAUGGUACGAAUCAAAAAGAGAAAUUUCGAGUUAAAAAAAAAAUCUGUUCAUUUUAAAGAUUAUGAAAGGCAAAGAUUGACUUUGGAGUAAAAAUCUAGGUUAAUGACACACGCCGCCCAACCCCGACCAGAAAAGGGGGAAAAAAAUCUCAGAAAGGGCUCUGCUUUUUUUCUUUUUUUUUAAUUUAAAAUGCCUGUUUUACGGUCGGCAAAACAAGCAGCUUAACGACAAAGUUGAGCUUCUAAUCAAAAUCCAGAACCCUUGAAUUUGACGAGCAAAUCAGCUAUUGGAUCCCUUUGCAGAGAAUCAAAUUUUCACAAUUUUGAUUCAUGGCAAGCGAGCAGAACCAAAUCUAUCACGAAAGGCAAAGAUUACAAUUUUGCCUCUUACAUUCCCUUAACAAUCUCUUCCAGCAAAAGGAUGCUUUUACUGGAGCAAGUUUGAAUUCAGUUGCUGAAAAACUCGUUCUUGAUGACCCAAGCAAGGAAAUUUGGACACCCUUUUCUUUGGUCUUCAAGCCUCACCAUAAUUCAGUUACCGGAAACUAUGAUAUCAAUGUUUUAAUUGCUGCUCUUGAAGGGAAAGGUAAGACUUUGAUUUGGCACGAUAGUCGAAAUGGGGCAUCAGCUAUUGAUCUUAAUGAUGGUAUGUUGAUGGGAAUUGUGAUUAAUGUUCCUGUUAGACGGUAUGGUGGGCUCUGGAAAGGUAGGCAUUGGAUGGCAUUGAGAAAGAUUGAUGGAGUUUGGUACAAUUUGGAUAGUGAUCUUCAGGAACCUCAGUGUUUUAAGGAUUGUGGAGAAGUUAGGGAAUUCUUGGAGUAUAUCAUUUCUCAUGAUGGACAGGUGUUGCUUGUAAAAAAUGAUGAUAGACAGCUAUAUAGAAGAAAAAAAGCAAACUACGGAUGGUAUCCUUUUAAGCAAAGUUAAGGAAGGUCAGCUAACUGCAGAAGAUGUCAACCAAAGGGAGCAGCAAAGUCAGUCAGAGAAAGGGAAACAACAAGGCAAAUGGUUCUGUUACACAGAAGUCUAAUACCAGGGCCGCUGCUAACCGAGGGGUUACCAGAAGUUGUGGCUUCAUGCAAUGUAAACGAGCUGAAUUUUCGCCGGUAAGGUUUCUCAAGCAUCUUGGUGGUAAAGUAGCAAAAGUACUACAUGUGGUGUCCAUGAGAAUUAGGCCUUCCCCUAAGAUUUCUUCUUCAUCAGGAAGAUCAAAGCCAUUUGUAACUCCUGUUGAUUCUCAUAGAAAUGCUGCCAUCGAGGAGUGCAUCGAAUUUAUCUACUCUUCUGCUUCUUUCCCUAGAUCAAAUUCUGUUUCUGCUAAUUCUCAUUGAACUCUGUAGUCAACGGUAAUAUUUGCUCUUAAAGAUAGUUUGAUGAAAAUAUUAAGCAUCCUAGUAGCUUAUAUGUACAUUUGUCUUUUUCUUUAGAUAAUGAAAGUAAAGCAUUAUUGAGUUUACCUAGAAAGCCAUAUAUUUUGUUAUUAAAUCCAUUGGUUUUUACCACAUUUUCCAUGGUGAAGAGGAGCACAUUUCUACCAAAAAAAUUUUCUAGAUGUCAAAGUUAUUACAACAUUCAAAGAGGACGAAGAUCCGAACCAACUGCACAGGUCUCUUGUGGACACAGCAAUCACAUGAUAUUGUUUUCGAAAUCCGGCGUGUGCGUUAGAAUUCUGGCUUUUUAGAACAGAAUUGGCUGAGCAUGCCUAGCUUUCUUCAUGGCAAGACCAAAAUAGACAUGCCAAUAGUGCGACAUUCGUCAUUAUUGCUUGUCAAUUGGCACCCAACAAUCACCCCACUUCAUCUAUCCUGUCUACUUCCAAGGCUUGAUUUGAACCCCUUGAUUAAACACGGUCGUGUUUGGAAUUUGGGUUUUACAACCUUCUCUAUUCCAUGCAUGUACUGUGUUCUUUAGCUUGAACUAGCCUU